CCUUCUCUCUCUUCACAUUCAUUUAACAAGUUAUGGGAAGAAUAAUAAUAAUAAUAAGUAGACAUAGGACUCUUCUUUGAUACUGAUUCAACCACUUUCUUUGUCCCCAAGAAACUUAAUUUCUUGUUGUAAUUCUAUACCCAAACCUAGCUCAUUCACACUCCUUCCAUAAGUGCAAAUACAAAGUAGUACUUCAUUAUUAUGUAUAAAAAAUUAACUAGCAAAAUGGAAGCUACCUGCAAUGAUAUCUCUAAUGUUGCAGUUACACAGUCUUCUCCAACGAUGUCGUUUAAUGGGAAACGACUUGUCGUGGAUGAGAUAGAUUUCUUCGCAGAGAAGAAGAAAAAGAAAAGUGAAGUUGAUGAUCAAAUGGUGCAUCACCAAAUGGAGCUUCCUAAUACUAGUUUAGAUCUCCUUAUUACAAAUAGUACUUCAACGAGCAAUAGAUCAAAUAUGGAAGAAGAACCGUCCAAGGCAAAGGAUAAUACCAGAAAUAAGUUUGUAGCUAUGCUAUCUGAGUUGCAGCAGAUGAAUGCUGAAAAUCGACGCUUGAGAGAGCUGGUUCAUAAUCUGAAUAAUAAGUACAAUGCCCUGCACAAGGAUCUUAUGAAACUUACGCAUAAACAACAUGAAAAUGAGAUUAAUGGAGCCAUAAAGGAGAAUGAUAAGAGAGAUGAUAUGAUUAUUCCAAGGUCUUUGUUGGAUAUUGGAAUUGCUACAAAGGAAGAUCCUUCACAGCAACAUUAUUCAGAACGAAAACUGCAAGAAAGCAAAAACAUUAUUGACAAGUUGGAUUCUGGCAAGGAUAGUGAAAAAUCUAUGGUAGAUCAGCAUGAGAGUCCAGCUGAUCACAAAGCUCUUUGGGGGUGGAUCUCAACUGAAGCAACAAGAUUGAGUUCUUUGAGGGAUGUUGAUCAAGCAUCAGAAACCAUGUCAAUGAUCAAGAAAGCUCGUGUAUCAGUUCGUGCAAGAACAGAUUCAUCUAUGAUAUCAGAUGGAUGUCAAUGGAGAAAGUAUGGACAGAAGAUGGCAAAAGGAAAUCCAUGUCCGCGAUCUUAUUAUCGUUGCUCAAUGGGGACUGCUUGUACAGUUCGGAAGCAAGUACAAAGGAGUGCUGAGGAUCAAAGUGUAUUGAUCACAACAUAUGAAGGACAGCAUAAUCAUGUACUCUCUCCCACUGCCAGGGCAAUGGCAUCCACCACAUCAGCAGCUGCAUCAAUGCUUCUUUCAGGAUCAAUGCUAAGCUCAGAUGGCCUUAUUCACCCAAACAUAUUGGAAAGUACUGCAGCACUUUCAUGCUCACAGAACACAGCAACCCUCUCAGCUUCAGCUCCAUUUCCAACUAUAACUUUGGAUCUCACUCAAAGUGCUACCAAUAAUUCCUCACAGCUACUACAAGGAGCACCACAAGAUAACCAACAUAGCCUCCUUUCCCCAGUUUUGGCUCAGAAGUUUAUGUCAUCAGCUACAAACAUUUUUGACCAGGGAACAGAAACUGCUUCAUUUGUGGACACGGUAAAUGCAGCAACAGCUGCUAUCACUGCGGACCCGAAAUUCAGUGCAGCUCUUAUGGCUGCCGUAACAUCUAUUAUUGGAAGUUCACAUUCAAACAUUAAUGGUACUAGUGGAGAUAUCCAACAUGGCAAUAACAAUUAAGACUAAAUAAUUGUAAUUAUGAGUGUAAUUUGGUUUUAGAAUAAGAUAAUAAAAUGAGUAAUGUCAUGUCCUCUCUUCUUCUUCUUCAUGUACGAUUAUGCUUUGCCUUAUAGUCUUCUCACUUAGUCUGCUUUAUGCUGCAUUAUAUGUAUAGUUUAUUUGCUUAGUC